UCUCGCCCUAAAUACUCUCACCAUCCAUCUCCUACAGCUAGCGUUCACCUUUCCCCUCUAUGCAACAGUCUCUUCACUCUUCUUCUUUCUUCUCUCUUCUUAUCUCCUGCCUUUUUUCUUGUCCGCUGAAUGAUCAGAGAAUGGGGAAGCUCUUCUUCUCGAUUUCUCCAUGAAAGGAGAAUCAUUUGAGAAGGAAGGAGAAGAGAGCUCAUCUCUGAUCCAGCUACUAUGGGAGUUAGCUAUGACUAUGCUUCGUCCAUGCUCCUAUGCGCUGAGGACAACAGCAGCAUCCUUGAUGUUGAUGAUGAUGGUGACGAGCUUGGCAUCAAAGGCAAAUCUUGGGGGAGUGGGAUGGGGAAGAUUUAUGAUCAAAAGACUGUUUUUUUCCGGGAUUCCUUUAUGAUUUUCCCAUUACAAACCGAGGAAUGCUUAUUUGCGUUGCUGGAGAAGGAAUCCGAGCAUCUUCCGGCAAGAGAUUAUGCCAAGAGGUUGAAGAGUGGGGCAUUGGACAUAUCUGUCAGAAAGGAUGCUGUAGAUUGGAUUCGGAAGGUUCAUGCCUAUUACAGCUUCGGACCCCUUAGUGCCUACUUAUCUGUAAAUUAUCUGGAUCGAUUUCUCUGUGCGUAUGAACUCCCACAAGGGAAAGCUUGGAUGACUCAAUUGCUAGCUGUGGCCUGCCUAUCUUUGGCUGCCAAGAUGGAGGAAACUGAAGUUCCUCUAUCCUUGGAUUUACAGAUAGCCAAUGCCAAAUAUGUAUUUGAGGCAAAGACUAUACAGAGGAUGGAGCUUCUGGUGCUGAGCACCCUCAAAUGGAGGAUGCAAUCAGUCACACCUUUCUCAUUCAUAGAUUAUUUUCUCCACACAUUUAAUGAUGGAAAUUCCCCGAAAGAAUCGGAGAUCCAUCGCUGUGUGGAGCUCAUUUUGUGCACAGUUAAAGGAAUUGCUCUGUUAGAAUUCAGGCCUUCAGAGGUGGCUGCUGCAGUUGCAAUGACUGCAUUUAGUGAUGCUCAGAUAUUGUGCAUGGAGAAUGCUUUAAAUUGUUGUCCUUAUGUUCAGAAGAAGAAAGUCAUGCAAUGUUAUGAAGCAAUACAAGAGAUGAGGCUUAUGGAGGAGAUUUCUCCUUCAAUUUCAUCAGUGCCACAGAGCCCAAUUGGGGUUUUGGAUGCUAAAUGUUUGAGCUAUAAAAGUGAUCAAACAAUUUCUGCUUCACAGGAAAAUUAUCAGAACAACUCCCAAGCUGCAAAGAGGAGGAAGCUGAAUAGCGCAUGAGUGGUAUAGUAGAGGGGACUUGAGAUUUGUUCUGAACCUUUCUUUAAGAGGCUCAAAUUCUUUUGAAGUAUUUUUUUGUUUUGGUGGGUGGGAGUGUAUUUAGUGUGGCCAGGAAAAUGCUAAAGAAAGUCAUGAGGAAGUUUCAGCCAAAGAGAGAGACAAAGAUGGAGGGAGAGAGCGAGAUAUAUGUUAGAAAAAAAAGAAAUAAAUAUGUUGAGGGGUCAUCAGCUCUUGAUUUUAUCAUGAGAAACCACUUGCUGUGAAAUUGUCUUUAGAGGAAGAAGGUGAGAAAUACAAUCAAGGAGAGAGAAACUGGCCAUUUAUUGUCCUUUUGUUUGUGAAAAACAUUACAAAAUAGCAUGUUUUUAAAUAGUAAUGGACCGUUCAAACUAGCAGAGUAAAGAAGAGACAAACGCAAAUCAUACCAGGUUGUAUUCUGACUAAUUAGUAGUCUUAUAUCAAUUAUUCAGGAUCAGAUUUAUGAACAGUUCUACAGUAAUUCAUACUGAGCAUAAUGUGAGGUG